UUCACAUGAAUCAAACCUUUCCUGAACAACUAGGGGCAAAGGGAGUAAAAUUCGUAAAUUCGCCAAGGUCGGAGUCGGCGUCAAUGGAGCUCAAAUCGGACUCCUCUAUUGGUGACGUCUCUCAUUUCUGAGAGCGAAAGGACUUAAUGACUAUCGCAACAUUCAUAUUUCUGAGAGUAGCCACGAUAGCCCCUCUCGGCGGCUUGCAUCCUGUACGAGUAGUAAGGGGUGCCGCACUUGAAGAUAUGACAGUAGUACAGGUGCUUGCACGCCUUCUCAGCCAAAUGCUCGUACGUGCAUUUGCACGGGCAAGGCUUCUUGGUCGUUGUCGUCGUGGGCGGCUUCGUCGGCGGCGGAUGAUAGUAGUCACAGCACGUCUUCCCAGGGUAGUAGCCGUCGUAACACUCCUGAAGAUAGCAACCGUGCGAAACGCUCUUGCGCCCACACUGCCUGGCGGCGACGCUGAUUUUAUGUCCAGUAAAGCACUUGCAAGGGCACGGCGGCGGCUUGUGAGGCGGCUUGUGAGGAGGCUUGUAAGGAGGCCUGUGAGGCGGCUUGUGAGGAGGCUUGUGACGAGGCCUGUGAGGCGGCUUGUGAGGAGGCUUGUGACGAGGCCUGUGAGGCGGCUUGCGGUGCUUCGGCGGGGGCUUGUAGUAGUCCUCGUAAUAAGCCGACCGGCUAUCCUGCUCCAAAGUAGGAUUGGAGCCGAACUCGGCGGCAAGGCAUACGGUAGCCAAAGCCAGAAGGACGAAAAGUGUAGCGGUAUUCAUGGUGUGCACUGA